GGUUCGCUGCCGGCGAUGAACGAGAAGCGCGGGCUGGAAGCGGCCGCCGCCGGCGACGGCCGCCCCGAGGCUAAGCGGUCGCGCCCCCCGGCUCUUGCCAGUGUUAUUGUUGAAGCACUAAAGGUGGAUAGUCUGCAGAGGCUUUGCUCAUCAUUGGAACCAAUUCUCCGUAGAGUGGUUAGUGAAGAAGUUGAGCGCGCCUUGGGAAAACUUGGUCCUGCUGCAAUCACUGGGAGGUCUUCUCCAAAGCGAAUUGAAGGUCCUGGUGGAAGAAAUCUGCAACUCCAAUUCAGGACAAGAUUGUCCCUUCCCCUUUUUACCGGGGGAAAAGUUGAAGGGGAGCAGGGGGCUGCAAUUCAUGUUGUUUUGCUUGAUACCAGCAAUGGCUGUGUUGUAUCAUCUGGGCCAGAGUCGUCUGCCAAGCUUGAUAUUGUUGUUCUAGAAGGCGAUUUCAACAAUGAAGAUGAGGAAGGCUGGACAGAGGAGGAAUUUGACAGUCAUGUAGUGAAGGAGCGUGAGGGAAAACGACCUAUUAUAACUGGCGAUAUACAAGUCACACUAAAAGACGGUGUUGGCACAAUUGGGGAGUUCACGUUCACAGAUAACUCUAGCUGGAUAAGGAGUAGGAAAUUCAGACUUGGUUUGAAAAUUGCCUCAGGGUUUUGUCAAGGUGUUCGCAUCCGUGAGGCAAAAACUGAAGCUUUCAUGGUUAAGGACCAUAGAGGAGAAUUGUACAAGAAGCAUUAUCCACCUGCAUUGAAGGAUGAGGUCUGGAGGUUAGAGAAAAUAGGAAAAGAUGGGUCGUUCCAUAAGAGGCUGAAUAAAUCUGGAAUUUUAACUGUUGAAGAUUUUCUCAGGCUUGUUGUUCGGGAUCCACAGAAGUUGCGUACUAUCCUCGGAAGUGGCAUGUCCAACAAGAUGUGGGAUUCUCUUGUUGAACAUGCAAAAACCUGCGUCUUAAGUGGAAAAUAUUACAUAUACUAUUCUGAUGAGCACAGAACUGCUGGUGCUAUUUUCAACGACCUCUAUGCAUUCUGUGGGUUGAUUUCUGGCGAGCAAUUCUAUUCAUCUGAAAGUCUCGAUGAUGGCCAAAAGCUCUUUGCUGAUGGGCUGGUGAAGAAAGCAUAUGAUAAUUGGAUGUAUGUUAUUGAAUAUGAUGGUAAAGCUCUCUUGAACCCUAAACCGAAGAAAAAGGCUGCAUUAACUAGUCAACCUGAGGCUCGUGCUCCUGCUGCAUAUGUACAGCGCAUUUCUUCAACGAGUAUGCCAGGACCAUCUACAGCAGGCUCAAAUGGUUCUAUAGGGUAUGAUGGCAACCAGACAGCAACACAGUCUGUUCAGCUUCAGAGUUCAUCUGCUAAUGUGCCGUUGCCAUAUGAUGAGGCCUUUUCAUUUUUGCCGCCUACCAUGUUGAUGGGUUCUAAUCAAGGAACAGCAAGUGAUGCCAUGGGUCUGGAACUCAGCCAAUUGCAUCACACAAUUUCUCAAGCCCAUCCAAUUCAACCAGCAAAUGUCAGCUACGAUAAUUGGCAUCACAACCGUGAUAGUCAGUAUGCUGAUGAUUUCACCGAAGACAUUCGCAUGAAAAGCCACCAACUGCUCGAGGGUGAAGACAUGCAGCAGCUGCUCAGGGUCUUCAAUAUGGGUGGAGCUUCUCCUGGUUUGCCAGACGAGACGUUUUCCUACCAGACCUACAUGCCAUCUCCAUUGCCAACCCCAGGCUUCGAAGGUGAGCCCAGCCGUCCAUCGGGCAAAGCCGUUGUUGGGUGGCUCAAGAUAAAGGCCGCUAUGAGGUGGGGAAUAUUUGUCAGGAAGAAAGCUGCGGAGAGAAGGGCACAGAUUGUUGAGCUGGAUGAUUAAGAUCUUGGCGUGUGCUCACUGUUAGUUGAAAUCUCAAAUACCAGCUGCUGUUGCUGCGAACUAGUUCUUUGGCUCACAUAUUCGUCGUGAUUGCCAUUGAAGCUAGUUUUCUGUAAAUCUACAGCGAGCAGCUCUGCUAUCUUGUAAAAAAAUGCCGACCCGCUUCCUUGUAUAAUUUCAACAUAAAUUCUUGUUUAGUGCCUUUUCCGUUUAGCUUAAUUUGUGCAGAAUAUUGCUGUAGAAGACGAUGUGAAUUGAUUUGAACAGUAUUACGUUUUUGUGGCUGUUA